AUGGUUCAAAUCAGCGAAGUCAAGGGCAACAAGCGCGACAAUCGCACGGCGGCGCAUACUCACAUCAAAGGCCUUGGGCUGAAAUCAGAUGGACGCGCUGAGACACAAGCCAGUGGCUUUAUCGGCCAAACCCAGGCUCGCGAGUCGUGCGGCGUCGUCGUCGAUCUAAUUCGAGCUCAUAAGAUGGCCGGACGUGGUGUUCUUCUUGCUGGUGGCCCUGGAACCGGGAAGACGGCAUUGGCGCUUGCCAUCAGCCAAGAAUUGGGUACCAAGAUCCCUUUUUGCCCCAUCGUCGGAAGCGAAAUCUACUCGACCGAAGUGAAGAAGACAGAGAUGCUCAUGGAAAACUUCCGUCGAGCCAUUGGCCUCAAGGUCCGCGAAACAAAGGAGGUCUACGAAGGCGAAGUCACAGAGCUCACUCCCGAGGAGGCGGAGAAUCCGCUCGGUGGCUACGGCAAGACAAUCAGCACGCUAUUGAUCGGUCUAAAGAGUGCAAAGGGUCAGAAGAAAUUGCGUUUGGACCCCAGCAUCUACGAAGCGAUCCAGAAAGAGCGCGUCACCGUCGGCGACGUCAUCUACAUCGAGGCCAACACCGGCGCCUGCAAGCGCGUAGGCAGAUCCGAUGCCUAUGCGACCGAAUUUGAUCUCGAGGCUGAGGAGUACGUACCCAUUCCCAAGGGUGAAGUGCAUAAGAAGAAGGAGAUUGUUCAGGAUGUCACGCUGCACGACCUCGAUGUCGCCAAUGCUAGACCGCAAGGCGGACAGGAUAUCAUGAGCAUGAUGGGGCAGUUGAUGAAGCCCAAGAUGACUGAGAUUACCGAGAAGCUACGCAUGGAGAUCAACAAGGUCGUCAGCAAAUAUAUUGACCAAGGUGUCGCCGAGCUCGUCCCCGGAGUUCUAUUCAUUGAUGAGGCGCAUAUGCUCGAUGUGGAAUGUUUUACUUAUCUGAACCGGGCGCUGGAAUCACCAAUUGCGCCCAUCGUGGUUCUGGCGUCGAACCGCGGAAUGUGCAAGAUCCGAGGCACCGAUGACAUUGUUGCGGCCCACGGCAUUCCUAGCGAUUUUCUGGCCCGCCUGCUUAUUAUCCCCACUGCACCCUACGAGGCUGAUGAGAUCAAACGCAUUGUUAAGCUACGGGCGACAACCGAGGCUGUGGCCAUUACCGAUGCAGCCCUUGAUGAGAUCGCGGAGCACGGCGUGCGCAUCAGUCUGAGAUAUUGCUUACAGCUCCUGACUCCUGCUAGCAUUCUUGCAAAAGCCAACGGUCGCACUCAGAUUGACGUCCAGGAUGUGUCAGAAUGUGAGGACCUUUUCUUGGACGCCCGCCGCAGUGCCACGCUGCUCAGCAGUGAAGCAGGACGGGGCUACUUGUCUUGA